CUAGAAUUCACUUCACGGUCAAUUAAGAGAGGACGGGCAUUAAGUCUCAUGCCGCUGCUUUACCAACUGUGCAUUACAUCGAUAAACUGACGUCUGGAGACUGAUUCCCCAGUAGAUUAUUUCCAAAAACGUUUGAAAUGACGUCACACUUGCCGUAGAAAGACGUUCCUUUGACACGGUGAGAUAUUUUGAUAAAAUUCGAGAGUGGAUAAAAGCUGAGCAGGUUCCCAGGCAAUGUGUUGGAAAUUUUGACGGUUGUAUGCAUAUAAGCGGACGUUUGGUAUGCGAGUACCACUUGGAAUUCGCUGAUGCCUACACGAUGACUUAUGAAAACGACCGGGUGGUAGCCGACUGCACCAAACCCGAUGGCUCCCGGUUGGAAAAUGGCUGCGUGGCCUGUAAACUGACGGAGGGUGGAAACUGCGGGGGAAAUGACUCGGUUGCCUCCAUCCCUUUUGAAAGCAUCAACACUGGCGAUGGUAUAUUCCGCAGAAUCGUCACAGUAAAUGGUUCGCUAGUUGGUCCAAUUUUGAGAGGUAAAGUUGGAGCCCAAAUGGUCAUUCACGUGACCAACCACCUGUACGACAGUCCACUGACCAUCCACUGGCAUGGUCAGUUCCAGUACCUGACCCCGUUCAUGGACGGCGUCCCUAUGAUCACACAGUGUCCUAUUGAGAAAGGACAAACCUUCACCUACAGAUUCAAGGCGGAUCCUGCUGGAACCUUCUGGUAUCACGCCCAUACAGCUGGAAAACGCUCAGAUGGAGGACUAGGGGCACUCAUUAUUCACGAAGAUAACGAGCCUAAUGCCGUAGAAUACAACCACCGACCAGACCUCGGAUUCGCAGCCACGCUCAGAGGCCCACCACCACAUGACAAGCACGUGGUCACUCUCCUGGACUGGCAGCACGAGCACAUGUCGAACGUUUGGCUUCAACAAAAUGGCGGCAGUUGGUUCUGGCCCAAUAAUCCUGCGUUUCCGACGACAGAUGAUCGUUUCAGCCUCAGUUUUGGACCCGAUGGCGUCGCCGUUGCUGGGAUACCUUACGUGUCGGCUUUAAUCAACGGUAGAGGGCGCUUUGAAAAUCCACUAUGGUACCAAGACGCUCCAGAGGAGAACAACAAGGUUCCUUAUGAACGGUUCUACGUUGACCAAACGCAUAAAAACAUCAUGCCUCAGAAAUAUAGGUUCCGUAUCAUUGGUGCUCAGCUACAGUUUGCUCUAAGGUUCUCCGUCGAUGCUCAUCUAAUGACCAUUAUCGCCUCCGACGGGUUCGACAUGGUACCGAUACGCGAUGUGGAAAGUCUGAUCGUUAACCCCGGUGAGAGAUACGAUGUCGUCAUCCAUGCUGACAACCCACUAGACCGACAAGCAUACUGGAUCAGGGCUGCUCCUCACAUCAGUGAUCCUGGCUAUGACACAGGCAACUAUUCCCUCCAGGAAGGCAAGGCGCUGCUGAUCUACGGAGACGAGACAAGCCCUUACAUCUAUCCCGAAGACGUCCCCGAAGUCCCUCGCCCUUGCGUUCAGAACCCCAACAUAAAGUGUGUUAUCGUUAACUGCAAUUACAACAUCCUCCCUCCCAGUUACAAUGCCAGGUGUAUCAACCCAGGAGAGUUCAGGAACAGAAUGGGUGCUGUGCAGGUACCUGGUGUACGGGAACCACGUAUUGAAAGAUCCGAAAACCUCUGGAUGAACUUUGCCUUCCAGACAGGAGGACCAGGUGUGAACGGGAUAUCAUUCCGGGAACCGACCUCCCCUCCUCUCUCUCAGCCGGACCUCCUCCCCGGCUCCAUUACAGAGUGUCCUGCCACCUGCCGAGACUCAGAUAACCUAGGAGGAUGUAAAUGUACCGGCACUGUCAAUCUGAACUACAACAGGCCUUACCAGUUUGUCUUUACCAACGUUGGGGCAGGUGGAGCCAACACUGGCGCCCCGCACCCCGUUCACAUGCAUGGCCACAGUUUCUACGUGUUGAAGGUGGCCUAUCCAGAACAGUCCCGGGACGGUCUCUUUAACAAGGUACACCCGGACAUCUGCUGUCCUUGCCCGGAUGAUGAGUCGCAGUGCUGUACCACUAUUGACGACAGCAAUAGGCACCUGACCACCUCAACGGGGGGCGUGGUUCUGUGUAACAACCCACGUUUCGUGAAUAGACGUUGGAACCGAGAUCCGAACAGAAUUCAGGGACUGGAACUGAAUCAUCCUCUGCAAAAAGACACCAUCAUCGUGCCGGCAGGGGGGUACACAGUGGUUAGGAUAAUGGCCAAUAAUCCAGGUUGGUGGUUGGUUCAUUGUCACAUAGAAAUGCACGCAACAGGAGGGAUGGCGUUCGUGAUGAACGAGGCUGCCAGAGAGCAGGAACAGCUUCAUAAACCCAGAGGAUUUACCACGUGUUCCAACUUUGAGUCCUCGGCACAAGACUAUUACGACGCCAUGGAUGUUACCAUACGUGGUAGCGAUGGACGUGAUAGAAGCUGAUUGGUCUAAUGAGUUUUUUCAUUCCUGUCAUUCUUGUCGUAUUUAUACAUCAGGCUUGCCUACGCUGCGGAAAACUGAAUAUAUCUAUUGUUGACGAAGUCAAAAAACAAAGAUAUACUCCUAAGCAGCAAUUGUAAGAAAUCUGUAGUUCGUAGCUAUGGUAUUUUGCUUCAAAAUCUCUCCCUUUGAGAUAAACCAACAAGAAAAGAAACUGUGAUAGCAGUACGAAAAAGGUACAAUGUAACAAGAUGAAUUUUUUUUAUUUUUUCUCAAUUACUGUUUGCGUGGUGGUGAACUUUGAAGUAAUACGAUUUUAUCUCAACACCACUGCCAUUGUAAGGUGUGCCUGCAGUAAUGUGCCAUAUCUGUGUAAAUUGACUUAACUAUUGCAUGCCUCGGAAAGGCAGUAUCGAGUCUGUUCUACGAUAGGUUCAAAGGUAUACUUACGUGUACGUUGAGAAUUAUAGAAAAACUUUCAUCAAGGAGAAUAUUUGUACUAGCCUCGCUAAUUAUUAAUAAGCACAUGUUUCAUUGAAUGUGAUUGAAAUCAUAUGUCAUGUUAGUUGCUCUUUUCCACAUCUCAGAAAUAAUAAGAUGUUUCAUGUCGGAUUGCAUUUGGCGUAAGUACUUUGAAAUAAGUCGUUUAUAAAGGUUUCCAUACUUUCAGUAAUAUUUUUGUAUUAAUUGGUAUACAUUUUUUCAAUGUUAAUUUAUUCAAGGUCAAAUAUACUUUU